UUCACCCAUCAUUACUCGUCAUCCGGCAGCGGAGUGGAUCGCUGCGUCACUCGUGAAUGAGAUAUCGCGUUCAUCGUACCUGCGCGGCACCUGAUUUGCGCAUCGAUCUGUCGCUAACUUCAUUACGCUGAUCUCGACGAUUGGCAGUCGAGACACGAGAGUGCUCGCGGAAACAUGAGGGGGAUUUCGAUCGCCUUUAGCGCGAUCCUGGCUGUGUGCACAGCCGAGGUGAUCAUAACUGCUUCUAAAAAUGAUCACCUCUUGGGUUCGAACGAGUGUACAUGGGGCCCAAGUUACUGGUGUGAGAAUCUAAAAACAGCUAAGUCAUGCUCUGCUGUAAAGCAUUGUAUCCAGCGAUACUGGGAGCAGAUGGAAGUCCCAGAGGAUAAUGACAACGUGUGCGGGAUCUGUAAGGACAUGGUGCAACAGGCGCGGGAUCAAUUGGAAAGCAAUCAGACCCAGCAGGAAUUGAAGGAUGUCUUCGAGGGUAGCUGUAAGCUGAUCCAUAUCAAGCCAAUCGUCAAGGAAUGCAUCAGCCUUGUAGAUGAGUUCAUUCCUGAGCUCGUGGACACGGUGGCGUCUCAGAUGAACCCAUCCGUGGUUUGCACCGUCGCGGGACUUUGCAACAAUGCUCGCAUCGACAAGUUGCUCUCGCAGUAUAAGGAAACGCCGGUGAAGAAGGUUAAACCGACGCCGUUGGUCCUGAUGAAGAAUGAUGAAGUUGAACCCGACACGUGCACCAAGUGUUACACGAUAGCGAACCACAUGGAGAGCAGAUUGCGAAACAUGCCGCGCGACAAGAUGCUCGAGCAGUUUCUGAGAGUCUGCGGCCAGCUUGGUUCUUACUCGGACUCGUGUGCGAACAUCGUUCUGCGUCAUUUCGACGUCAUCUACGAUCAUCUGCAGAACAAUUUCAAUGCGGACAACAUAUGUCAUCUAUCGGGACAGUGCAGCAGCAAAUACCACAAACAUGAGGACGACGUGGACACGAUUCCAAAAGUGGAGAUAACGCCGAUGUCGAGUGUGGGUAUGGUCGAAGUGGACGACGACUUGCCGUGCAAGCUGUGCGAACAGCUUGUGGGACAUUUGAAAGAUCUUCUAGUCGCAAACACAACGGAGCUCGAAUUCAAGCAGGUCCUCUUGGGUCUCUGUAAGCAGACUAAAUCUUUCGCUGACGAGUGUAAAGCUAUUGUUGAUGAAUAUUAUAUGGAAAUUUACGAGUACCUGACAAAAGGAUUAGACAGCAAUCUCGCGUGUCAAAUGGCCGGAAUAUGUCCGAGUCGCGACAAGAUGGGACAAGGACCGAUCUGGCCUUUGCUUCCAGUCGAGUCGGCGAAGCUAGGACUAAAACUAAUGAACAGCAAACAGAAGAAAGAGGUCGAAGUCGCCAUUGGCAACAAGCACUCGACAUCGGAGGCUGAAGAAAUGCAGAUGCCGAAAGCUGAAGCAAUGCAAUUGCCGAUUGAGAGAUUAGUGCCCUUGCCGUACCCUCUGCUGCUGCAAUCGUCAGCGGAAGGUGUUAAUGGAAAGGAAACGUGCGCGUUGUGCGAAUAUGUGCUGCAUUAUAUUCAGAACGUCGUUACGGAUCCCAAGAAUGAGGAGAAAGUGAAGGAAGCUCUCGGAAAAAUCUGUACCGAGAUACCUUCUAUCAAAGGCACGUGCCAGGAAUUCGUAGAUACUUAUGGAGACGCAGUUGUGGCCAUCCUCGCCCAGGAGAUCGACCCGUCGCAGGUGUGCCCUAUGAUACACGUUUGCCCAUCGGAGGACUUGCUGCGCUUGUGGAAGACUUAUUCCGUCCAGGAUGAAUCGAAGGACAAACCGAGUUGCCCACUGUGUCUGCUCGCGGUUGCACAGAUUUACAACGUCAUCAGGAACAACAACACCGAGGCCAACAUCGAAAACGAACUGGCCAAGUUGUGUAAUCGCUUGCCGCACAGCUUAACCGAGCAGUGCACCGAUUUCGUCAAGGUGUACAGCAAGGAACUCGUGGAGAUGUUGCUCGCGGACAUGACACCCCAGGAAGUCUGUUCUUUCCUGAAACUGUGCGACCCGACCAGGCAUGUCGGCCGAACCGAGAAUCUCGGCCCGAAACAGUAUAUCAGCCGGAAGGAUCAUGAAAUCCUAACUAAUGAGAUAUCUGAUCAGCCAUUACCGCCGACUCACACGGAGUCGCAUGAGCUGGGUAACGAUGAGGUGUGCACGCUCUGCGAGAUCAUGAUGCAGUAUAUCGACAAGGCGAUCGGCAAGAAGAGGUCGCGAGAGCACAUCGAGAGCAUAGUGCACGGCAUGUGCAAUCACCUGCCGAAAUCAUUUUCCCAGCGCUGCAAUCACUUCGUGGAUGAGUACGGUGACAUGAUGAUAACCAUCCUCGCGGAUGAAAUCAGUCCGAAGGAGGUCUGUGGCAUACUCGGCGUUUGUACGGUCACCACGAAGCAGAUUGAAGAAUCGAUAGCUGAAUGUGCCUUGUGCCGAGACAUGGUGUCGGAGAUCGAUACUCGGUUGCACAAUCGCAAGGUUUUCGUUACGAUUGAAGAGAGCGUCAACAACGCGUGCACCUACAUUCCGCGGACGGAAAGAGAGAAGUGCGGCAAAACGCUAGAAAUUUACGGACCGAGCCUGGUGAACAUGCUGAGGGCUGGCGUGCACAGCGAAGAGAUGUGCGACAAGAUCGCUUUGUGUUCGCCCACCGAUAACUUGGCAAUCCUGUCGAAGGGUGCACAUGUACCUACAUCGGCUCAGGAGAUCAGAGAGUGCACACUGGGCGCGGAGUACGUGUGCACGCAGGGAAAACAACUGAUCGAGCUUUGUAAGGUGGAUAUGAGCAAGGUGAAACUCGAUGUAAUCAAACCAUGGAUCACAACAAAGAUCACGCAGAUCCUGGGAAUGGAGGACGACGUUGUGGUAGAAUUUGUGUAUAAUCAGCUGGAGGAGAAGAGACCGUUGGUGGGGCUCAACCCUUUUGUCCAAAUGGCAAAAUUCGGAUGUGCUCCUCACUACAUCCGAUUGGCCGCCUUUCUAUCAGCCGUCAACCCUAGCGUCAGCUGCAGUGGCAGUUGGUAUCUCAACGUCACCUUAGAACCGCCGACAAAUCUUCAGCAGCUACGUGUCAUCUUCGUCUUCAUCGUCGUCGUCGUCGUCAUCAUCAUCAUCACCACCACCAGCGUCCCCGCGGCUACCACAUCGUCAGCAACGUCAACGUCGCAGGAUCGUCGGCGUCCCGGGACGAUACCUCCGCCACUUCGUGUCUCCCUGCCUCCAGCUUUUCGCUCCAUGGAGCAGCUGUGCACCAGACUUUCCUGCGGCAGACAUCAUUCAUGUUUGCGCAGUCACCUCGACCGGGGUAGCUCGUUGUCGUUUCCCGAUCCCCGAAAAAUGCAGAUCAACUUGACGGGCUUCUUGAACGGCAGGAACGCUCGUUCCUUCAUGGGUGAAUUAUGGGACCUUCUGGUUUCUGCUCAGGAAAGCGUCACGGGUAUUCCCGAGGUUUUCUUGCAGCAAAAGAAGGAUCAGAUUAAAAAGCGUUUGGAGGAGCAAGAGAAGCUACAAGCAUCAUUGGCAGAGAAGGACAAGGAGAAGGAGCGCGAGAAGGAAAAGGAUGACGCAGAGAGUAAAGUGAAGAAGGAGGAGAAAGAUAUCGGCUCGUCAAAAGAGCGUAGAAGGGAUCGUAGUAGGGAUCGCGAUAGAGACAGAAGCAAGAGAAGCAGAUCGCGAGAUCGGCAUAGGGAUCGUGACCGAUCGAGUCGGAAGAGGAGAUCGGCCUCGAGAUCGCCGGGUAAGAACUCGCUGAAAGACAACGGGAAGGACAUGCCCGAAACCAAGGUAGAACGCGAUGAUUCGCCGCAACCGGAAAAUGCUAUACCCUUAAUGCCGGUUAAGACCAAGCCAGAAGCCGCGGUGGCGAUAUCGAGACUGCAAGCGAAGUUAAUGAGCAUCGCUGAUGGCAAGAAGAAGAACAAUCGUACGCCCUCGCCGGAGUCUCUGGACAAGUCGGCGAAGAAGUCGCGAUCCAGAUCUAAGUCGCCUGCAAAUCGCUCGAAAAAAUCAAGAUCCAAGUCACCGGCGAGCCGUGACUCGAAGGCACGUCGAUCGCGAUCGCCCGCCUCGAAGUCUAGGCGGUCGCGCUCCAAGUCGAGAUCCAGGAAAUCCCGUUCCAAGUCGAGAAGAUCGAGGUCGCGCUCGCAGGAUCGUACAAAAUCCAUGCGAAGCAAGUCCAAGUCGCCGAGAUCACGCUCGCACUCGCGAUCGAAGAAAUCACGAUCCAAGAGCGACGAUCGGAGCAAAUCGAGGAAAUCGAGGUCCGACUCGAGCGACUCGAGAUCCUCCAAGUCUCGUUCCAAGUCGCCGGACAAGAGAAAGGACAAUGUCGAAUCCAACAGGAAGCGCGAGGGUAGCACGAGUAGCAGCACCGAGUCCGAGGAGGACAAAGGAGCGAAGGACAAGAACGAUUUUGAGAUACGGAAGAAAAAAGAUGGUGUGCAAGCCAAGAGAUCCUACCGGAAGACCAACAAGGACGAUAGUGGUAGCGACAGUGACUCCAGCCGAGAAAGAAAAUCGGCUCCUAAAAGAAGGAGUCCAUCACCGCGCAAGGAUAGGGGUCGAUCCAAGGAUAGAGACAGGAACAGGUCGCGGGACAGAUCACGGGAUAGAUCGAGAGAUAGAUCGCGAGACAGAUCGCGUGAUAGAUCACGAGACAGGAAUCGAAGGAGAUCACUGGAUCGAGAACGCGACCGAAGGCGAGAGCGGGAACGGGAUAGAGAAAGGGAGAGACUGGAUCGGUACAGCGGCAGCCGCAACAUGCGACCACCGUCGGUGCGCGGAGCGCCUAAUAGACGCAGUCCACCGCGUAGGAGCCCGGCAAGAUAUCGUCGCAGAUCACCGAGCCCCGGGGACAGGCGGCGCAGCAGGAGGUCGUUGGAUCGCCGAAGACGAUCGUCGGAGAGACGCGACAGACGUCGAUCACCCGAUCGCAGCCGACGCCGCUCGCCGGACGGACGGGAUCGAUCGAGCAGGUACGAUAGAUCUUCCUCACGCGACAGAUCAAGUAGGCGUGAGCGCUCCAGAGAUCGGCGGGAUAAGGAUCGUCGAUCUAGAUCGAAGGAUCGUAGAUCGAGAUCGAGGGAUCAGAGGUCAUCGGUGGAUCGCUCGAGGGACGGGAAACGGUCUCCCGAUCGUUCGAAGGAUUCCAAGGAUAAGGCAAGGGAAGGCAGAAAAACGGAUGAGAAAGCUAAAAGACCGCCCGAUACAGGAACGCGAAAAGAAUUGCGAAACGGCCGAUCUAAGUCGAGUAGCUCGGAAAGUAGCGAGAGUAGUUCCUCUAGCAAUGAGGACGAGUCGCUUAGGAAAUCGAUCGAGCGUAAGGCGUCGCAGGAAAAGCGGGAGAGGGAACGCGAGCACGUGGACGAUGCCAAGAAGAAGGAAAAGGAGAAACUGGUGAAGGAGGAAGCCGCCAAGCGACCGGAGAAGGAAAUCAAGAAGAUCGAACCCAUCGCCGCGAAGAAGCAGGAGCCCAUCGUGUCUCCCAAGAAGCUUCAAGUUUCCUCACUUCCCGUCACAAGACACAGAUUCUCGAAGAGCUUGUCGCGUACUCCCUCGCCGUUCAAGAAGACCGAGGACAUUGUCACAGCAGUUGUCAAGAUUAAACAGACGAUUAAAGAGGAUGUUAAGGACGAGUCGCCGAAAGUCGGAGAAGCGAGCUUUGCUGGAGACGUUUUCCCGCUGAAGAAGGAUGAGAAAUCAUUGAAAACGGCGAAACUAGCAGUGGAAGAUAAGAAGUCUGCUCAGAAGUCGUUGGAACCUUCGUUGUCCAAGAAACCCUUGGAAACGGUCAAGAAAGCGAAGAGGGAAAAACGCGACGGUUCCACGGACAGCGAGGACAGUGAUGGUGAAGGUAAGAGAAAGUCCAGAAAGUUGGAGAAGCUGAGAAAGUCGAGGAAAGCAUCAACGGACGAAGAUAAAUCUGACAAGAGCAAAGCUGGCUCCAGCUCGGACUCCGAGGAUGACAAGAGACAUUCAGACAAAAAUAAGAAGGCUACUAAUCGAACUGAUUCAAUGGACGAUCGCAGUAAGGAUAGAAAGGACAGUAGAAAACGCGAGAUCGCUGAUAGCGAUACGCGCAAGCGAUCAAGAAAAGAAAUCGAGGAAGAACUAAAGAAGUCGAAAAAGCAGCGACGAGACUCCUCCUCGGGCGAAGAGGAGCAGAAAUCCAAAAGGAAUAGGAACGAGGACGACCGAUCGAGAUCUCGCAAAUCGAAGAAGGACUCGAGUUCCGACGAGGAGCCAAAGAAAACGAGAAAGAGGCGGGACACCUCGUCGGACGACGAGAAAUCUAGAUCGCGAAAGCCCAGGAAGGAUUCGACAAGCGAGGACGAGACGAAAUCAAAGUCAAAGAAAUCCAAGCGAGAUUCGAGUUCGGAGGACGAGGAGCUUGUGGAUAAAGACGCAAAGAGGAAGAAAAAGGUCGACGACAGCUCGGACGAUGAGAAAGUGAAGAAGAAGCGUAAGAAGAAGACAAAGACCAGCACUAGCGAAUCGGAGGAGAGCGAAGUAGAGGAGAAGAAGAAGAAGAAGGAGAAGAAGCACAAGAAGCAUAAGAAACACAAGAAGCACAGGAAGCACAAGAAGAAAAAGGUCGCAGAUUCGGACGAGUCUGAUGUAAGUGAGGGUAAUACCGAGGAACUAGAGAAGAAACUCCGGGAGAAAGCAUUAAAAUCCAUGAAAAAGGGACAUAGCAUUGAACGAAGCGAUUGAGACGGUAACGAUACCACAAGAGUGUGUUGUGCGUGUACCUCUGUAUCUCUGCAAAACGAUUCUGUGUACAAUCGUUUUGAUUGUGUAUAUGAGUAACUUUCAUUCGUUUCAUAUCAACGACGGAUUGGAUUAUUAUACUUAGUACACGUAUAUUACUCAAUCCCUUCGGAACAAGAUCGAACGGCCUCCGUACCGUGAGAUAGUUUCGUUUUUCACGCGAUGCCGCACGCAAGAAGGAAUGCGUGACACGGCUACCUACCUUAAUGUUUGCACUUAGCACUUAUUUGACGGAAUUGGCAGAAUCAUUUCGCUCGGUGACGUUGAUAUUUGUACCAGCUCACGAUAAUACGGAUUAUUCAUUUAAGUUGAUGUGAUACGAAGAUUUUCCACUUUUUUUUAGAAGAAUCCGAGGCAACACGCAGUUCUUGAAACAUCCUGAUCUCCGAAUAUAUUUGAGCGAAAUCAGGACUCGCGUGCAGAGUACAUGUUCACUUUACUAUAAUAACACUAUUAAAUUGUAACAUAAAGUCGAUUUCUCGGCGCAGUGUUUUUAGAGAAUAAUAAAGUAGCAUACCGAAUGA